AGAGGCCAAAGAGACGAAGAGGAAGAGGAAGAAGAAGCCAGAAAAUCGGCCGUUGAGAGAGUAGCGCGCGUGUAGGGCCCCCUACGGCGAUAAGGCGAGGCCCGGAAGACGUGGAGGGAACGACGUAUGUAUCGCGCGGGGCCGGUCACGCGGACCGGGCUCGCCGUCUCUCGUGAGAGACCGCGCGCUGACCCAGAUUUUGGCGGGUCGAACAGGCGCGAGGAGACUGCGACGGACUUUCUGAAAUGGGACACGGCGCAGCCUGGAGCUAAAUUAGCCGCGAUGUCCAAUAAGAGUAAGUCCCAGCCGCAGCAGCAGCAGCAGCAACAGCCGCAACACCAGCAGCAGCAGCAGCAUCAUCCUCCGCACGUGAUCAAGUCAGUGGACCAGCUACCGCCGCGUUAUCAACCCCCGCCGCAGCCCACCAGCGGCAUCCUGAAGAAUCAUCUUCACUUCGCCAACGGAGUCACGUCGGCUCCGAAUUCGGCUCAGGCCGGCAACAGUCAAGGUCCGGGCGCGGCCUUGAACCAUCAUCAGAACACGCAGCCGCGCACGUUGCCGCCGGCAUCGUCGACUUUGCAGCAUCAUCCGCAGCAGCAGCAGCAGCAACAUCAACCACAACAAUUGACGCAAUCACAACAACAAGCAGCGCAGCAGCAGGCGCCGAAAGAUGUGCAGGGCAAAUACUCGCCGAGGAUAGAGCAUCAUCAUCAGCAACAGGGUAACGCGCUAAUUGCUGCUGCGUCGGUGGCAACAUCAAAGAGUCAACAGCAACAGCAACCGUCCACUUAUUUUCAACAAGCUAAGCUCGGCCAAGGCUCGUACUUGCCACCUAGUAGCCAAUAUCCGACAGUGAACACUGGCCAAAGCGCGCCGAUUAGGCAAAGAAUCAGCGACGACGAAUUUCUGCGACUCGGCCCCGUGGAGAUGCUUAAGUUUGUACGGAAGACCGAGAGUGACAUCGCUAGGCUUGCCGCCGAGCAAAAUCGCCAGAUACAGAGCUUGUUGAACGAGCUGCGGGCGCUGAAGGAGGCCAACCAAAGACUGAACGACGACAAUCAAGAGUUGCGCGAUCUCUGCUGCUUUUUGGACGACGAUCGACAAAAAGGUCGUAAGCUAGCGAGAGAGUGGCAAAGGUUCGGUCGAUACACAGUGAGCGUUAUGCGACAAGAAGUCUCGGCGUAUCAGAACAAGUUGCGUCAACUUGAUAACAAGCAGCAGGAGUUGAUUAAGGACAAUCUGGAGCUCAAGGAGCUGUGCUUGUAUCUCGAUGAGGAACGCGGUGGUGGUCAAAGGGACGACGGCGACGGAUCGAGUUCGAGCACAAAUGCCGAGGAGACCACGUUGCCGAGGCCGAGGCAUACUUCUACAUUUAACGACCAAACGAUGCAGUACGUAAGGAGUUUAGAACAACGAGUGAAACAGUUGGAGGAAGACAAGAGUGUUCUUCAAGCCCGUGCGCAAGGUUGGGAAGUACCACCCGGUGAAGUUUGGGACAGUCCCACAAGUCCAAACGACAAUACUCAUGGCUUAGGAAGUCGACCGGAGGCCGUAGUGCGCGCUCUUCAGGUUCUUGAAGUCAGAGAACAACUAGAAAGAGAAGAAGGUCAUGAUGGAGAAAAAGCAUUAGUUAGAGAAAUGUGCAAUGUUGUCUGGCGGAAAUUGGAGGAAGGUCCACAAACGAGGCACUAAUAAUCUUGCCGAGAAGAUGCCUAUUUGUCAACUUUCGAAUAUUACUAAUACAAAGCGAUAAGAUCUAACACAGUCCGAGACGUAACAUUAGUAUUAUAGUGAGUAAAAGAUAUUUUAUAAAUAUUUUAUGUAUGU